AUGGCGAGCAUCGAUCGCUACCGACCUCCCAGGGAAGGCUAUCAGCCUCCGAGCCUGCCCGCAAACCCUCGACCGGAACGCGAUUCCAGAUCACGAUCUCCCCGACGACGCGAUGCGGUCCCCCCGGCAGUUCCUACUCCUCCCCAGCACUCGACACGAACAUCUCCCCCGAGACCCCAGCGGCGCCGGAGCCAGGCGUCGCCGGCGCAGUCUGGCGCACAAACACCAAGAGCCGGCCCCAACCAAUGGUCUUUCACCUCCAACGAGGUGCGAAGCACGCCCAGCAUCAUCGAGGGCAUCGCGCCGGCCGAGGAGAGGAUGCGCAGAGCCAAGGGGGUCAACUUUAUCUACCAAGCUGGAGUCAUGCUGGACUUGCCUCAGAUAACACUCUGGGUGGCCGGCGUCUUCUUCCAUCGCUUCUACAUGCGCUGCCAUAUGCUCCCAGAGAAGGGCGGCAUACAUCACUAUAACAUCGCUGCCACAGCUCUCUUCUUGGCAAACAAGGUUGAAGAGAACUGUCGGAAGACAAAGGACAUCAUCAUCGCGGUUGCCAAGGUCGCGCAGAAGAACGCCAAGCUCAUCAUCGACGAGCAGAGCAAGGAGUACUGGCGAUGGCGAGACAGCAUCCUGACGUACGAGGAGGUCAUGCUGGAACAGCUGACAUUCGACCUGAUGAUCGAUAACCCUUACCAGCACCUGUUCAAGCUUCUGGGCAAGCUCGAGAUCGUACACAACAAGCAUCUGCGACAAGCGGCCUGGGCGUUCUGCAACGAUGCCUGCUUGACGGCCAUCCCACUCUUGAUCGAGGCGCGAGACGUCGCCAUUAGCGCAAUCUUCUUCGCCAGCGUGCACACGAACCAGCAGAUCGAUGAUAUUGACGGCGAACCCUGGUGGAAGCACUUGAAGGGCGAUGAGGAUCGGUGCUCCAAGGCUAUUGAGGUGAUGCGUGAGUUUUACACGGAGAAUCCGCUUAGAAAACAGAACCCGUCGCUGCCAUCCCCAGCCUUUCACCUUGAGAACACCCGACGACGAGGCGAUACCCUGCUGAGCCAGCCCGACACACUGUCGUCGACAACAGGCACCCCGAUGGAGGGUGACCGGGCGAGUCGAAGCCCUGGCGCCGCUUCCAGAGUCAACGGCGUCAGCAAGGAUGGCCGAGAAGGAGGAUCGCAGUCCAAGUCAGAGGAAAACGACUAUGCACCACGAUCACCCCUAAAACGGAGAGAGCCCGACGAUGGCGAACCCAAGAACGAAAGGGCCGAGAAGCGAGCCAGGCACUCUGAGGAUGAAGAGGGCGAGCUGGUCGAGGAGUGA